UUUCAAAUAUGGCGGCAGCGUUUUAUGUGUGUUUUCUCUUUAUACAUAUGGUACUUGGACUAACUGUAAAUGGGAAUUCAGAGAAUUAUCCGGAAGAGAGAUUGUCUCAGAUUCAGGACCUAAAAAGAAAAUAUAAAGAUUUGUUAUCCAAGUAUUCUGAUAUGUCAUCAAAGUAUUCUGAAAUGUCAACGAAGUAUUCUGAAGUUUCAACAAAGUAUUGCGAUAUAUCCAUGAAGUAUUCCAAUAUAUCUAAGAAGUAUUGAAGCAUGUCGAAAAAGUACUCAGAAGUUGUGACAAUGAUAGCUGAAUACGACGUGAAAUUUAAUGCUACGUCAACAAAAUCUUACGCCAGUGGAGUGUUUGUACGAUGGAGACGUAAGGACUGUCCUGAUAACGAAACAGAACUGGUUUAUUCGGGAUUUGGUGGUGGAUCCUGGCAUGAACAUCGUGGUGCAGCAGCAGAAUUUGUUUGUCUACCACGUGAUCCUAACCUGACCACCAAAUUUACCUCCUCUGAUGCAUAUGCAUUCAUGUAUGGCGCAGAAUACGACUCCUCUGACUUUGGUCAUCAGAAUGGGGAUGACUUGCCGUGUGUAGUUUGUAGAAAGAAGACACAAUCCAGCGUAUUGAUGAUUCCUGGAAAGAACAGCUGCUACUCUGGGUGGACUGAACAAUAUCAUGGAUAUCUGGUAGCGGGAUACUAUGCAAGUAAAGCUGCCUCACAAUACAUCUGUUUGGAUGAACAUCCAGAUGUUCUUACAGCAGGACGACGUAAUGACAACGGAAAAUUGAUUUAUCCUGUUAAAGCGGUGUGUGGAGCACUGGCAUGCCCCCCGUACCACAACAAUAUGCACCUAACAUGUGUUGUGUGCACAAAAUAAACA